AUUUUUUGAAGUUAAAGAAUGAAUAUUUUUAUAUCGAAGUUUUUUAAAAAAUUUGACGAUGAUUUUUACAAUGUUUCUCGAAAUCGUUAAUUGUAGUAAAAUGUUUUGAACAAUCAGGGAAGGGACAAUCAACAUAAAAGAAAAAGGAUUGUAAAUGAUUUUCUACGUUGUAGAUUUUUUUCUUAUUAAUAAAUUUACAUUUCUCCUGACAAAGGAAACAAGAAUAAUUGUGACCAGAGCCAGUCAUAAAGUGAGAAUAUAUUUCUUUUUCUUGCUCUUUGCUAACAAUUAGUCCAGUGUUCCGAUCUCGUAAAAAAUGGAUAACUUGUUUUUUAUACAAUCUGGACUUAUCCAUAUUUUUUCAUUAUUUAUCAUCUCCUGCUUCACCCUGUUCCAUCUCCAUCCCAGCAUCAUUUGCAGCCUCGUUUUCAAAUAUUUUCUCAUCAUUUUUUUCGUCCAUUUCCUUUUCAUCUUCGUCAUCAUCCUCUUCAAUUGAAUCAUCAUUGAUUACGGGUAUUAAAAGUGACAAUCUCAUUAAAACCACAAAACAAUUAUCAGGUUCUUCGUCAAUUGACUUAUCCUCGAUUUUGUUAAUAUUUUUUGGGAAUAAGUCAAAAGAUGCCAAAAAUUUUUCUUAGUUUUGGUUGGAUUUAUCCAUUAUUAAAACACUGAAGUACAGUCAAACCUGUCAAAAUGAGACUCUCUUAAAAUGAGACGUUGCCAAGCAACAUAGUAACCAUUGAGAGACUUCAUUCAAAGUUAAGUUAACGUUUUUUCAAAAUGCCUCGUCGUAAUCUCAACUACCAUGAGAAAUUAAAACUUAUUCAAGUGAAAUCUAAAAAUAAACAUGUUGACCAAUUGAUGAGUGAAUUCAAAGUGAGCAGAGCAACAGUAUUCCGUAUAUUGAAUAACUCAGAGAAAAUCAUCAAAACUGUCAAUGGUUGUAAAGGUAAAAUGAAGAGAAUUGUUGAAUCAGUUGAUUCUUUUGAUCAAAAAAUGGUUCAAUAUAUUAAACAAAUGAAUGAAUUUGGUUUUCCAGUAACAAGUUUGAUGUUAAAACUAAAGGCUAAAAGAUUGGCGGCAAAUGAAAACAAAGAACUUGUAGGUUCAAAUGGAUGGUUGGAUUGCUUUAAAAAACGAUGUAAUAUCAAACAUGGAAGACUCAGUGGUGAAUCAGCAAGCACUAACAUGGAGAUUGUGACCAAAUUUAAAGAUGAAAUUAUACCAACAAUAAUACUCAAAUAUCCACCACAAUUCAGAUACAAUUUAGAUGAAACAGCAAUUUUCUAUCGCCAACUGCCAAACAAAACAUAUUUUGUUUCAAAGUCUGCUCAUUUUGGUUCAAAGAUAUCAAAGGAAAGAGUUUCAAUUUUAAUCGGAUGCAAUCAUCGAGGUGAUAAACUUAUUCCUAUGAUAAUUGGAAAAUCUAAAAAUCCAAGAGCAUUGAAAGCUAACUAUUCCGAGUUUCAAAAUCUACAAAUAAUUUAUAAGUCAAAUAGUUCAGCUUGGAUGACACUUAAACUCUUCGAUCAUUAUCUAUCUGAAUGGCACAAGGAAUUAAUAGAGAAAGAUGAAAAAAUAGCUCUCAUCAUUGACAAUUUUGCAGGACAUAAGGUUGAUGAGAAUAAGUUUCCUAAUAUUCAAUUUUAUUGGUUACCUCCACAAACUACUUCACAUCUUCAACCAAUGGAUAAUGGCAUAAUCAAAGCCUUCAAAAACAAAUAUGUUCAACAUUUAUUUCAAAGAUUCUCGGAAUAUUUUGAUCAAAACAUGUCACUCAAUGUUAUCAUGAAAAACAUCAAUAUUUUUGAUGCUUUGAAAUGGAUAAAUGACUCUUGGUCGGAAGUUUCAAUGGACACCAUCAUUAAUUGUUGGAAUCAUGCUGGUUAUCGUGAAGAGAUUGUUGAUGAAUCUCUAAUAAUUGAGAAUAUUGAAAAUAAUGAUGAAGAUGAUAAUGUUGCUCAAAUUUACAGUCAGUUAACUGAAGGCAUCAAAGAUUCACCGACUUUAGUUGAAUACAUGGAUAGACUGACGAUGAAUGAUUUAAACACCUAUUCAGUGUCAGAUUAUGAGAGUACAAGGUCUUUGUAAACUGUAUUUAAUUUAAAUUAAUCUAAAGUUCAAUAAAAACUCACGAAAUGAACAAAUUUAA